AAGUCAGUGUUUUGCAAAAAUGAUUGACAAUAUAUGAAUUCAUCUGCUGUGAGUGUCCAGAACAUACAAAAAUUUAGUACCUCUUCUCCAGGUUUAUGUUUGGGCCCCUAUUGAGGAAAACAGCAAUAUUCAUAUUUUUUUGUAAUAUAUUUGUUGAAACACAAGAUUUGGAUUUUCUAGAGUAUUAUAAACCAAAACCUGGACUUCCCAAAGAGCUGAACCAAUGGCUGUCGGACGUCCAACAGUACAAGGGCGACUUUAGACUGAUAAGGGCUAUCGCAGAGAAACAAGAAAAGGACGGGUUGGACUAUGACACGGAUACCCUAGCAGAUACAAACAUAAAAUUGUUCGACAAUCUAGAAGAGGAGAACGAGUACUUGGACGAAGCACCCAAGAACGACAUCUACCCUCACAUGUACAAACAAAAAAAGAAUCCUUACGAAAAUUUCGGAACCUCAUUCGACAAACCCGGCAAGAACAGAAAAUACGCUCCGAAGAACCCAAGACAAAGGAGACACUCCGACAAAGAUUCGCUUUUCGAUAAACGGGACAUCUACAUCAACCCCAAAAGCGACGAUGGCGAAAUAAAGAGAUCAGACGAUAAAUACCCAGACAGAUUCUUCAAUAAUCACAGAGAAAAUGUGAAUCAGAAGAGAGAAAUCCAAAUCGACGUUUUAAACGACGGUAAAUUAGUGAAACAAAUCAGAGAAAACGACAAAGAUCCUAAAUCCAUCGUGCUGAAUAUACAAUCAUUAGACAAAUUCAGGAAUCCACCUCCGGCUUACAAACCUGAACCGAUGCCCACAGAAAACGACGCCAAUCAACUAAGACCCCAAGAUUCCCAAUUGAAAAUAUUUCCAGUGCAAAGAAGCGCCGCAGACUCAGAGACGAAUAACAGAGAGUUCUCUAACAAUUUCAAGAACCUAUUCAACGCCAACGAGAAUCUGAACACCGACAGCAGUAUAGCUAGGGAAAAACUAGGGCAAACAGCUCUACUCUAUCGCGUGACUUUGCCAGACCCAGAUAACCUCUUCCUUCCUGAUCAAGACAAGGUAACUGUCAAGGAAGAUAAUCAGAGCGGAUACAAUCACAACGGUAUGAAGGAUAUGAGCCAAUUCUGGACCGCUACGGAGAAGAACCAGAUGCAGAAGGGCAUAGAAUUCGCCCGGGGAAACUGGAAUGGAAAACCGAUAAUAAGCACCCAACAAUCAACGGAAAGGAGCCAAAUGCAGAAGGGAUUAGAAUUUGCCAGGGGCAACUGGAAUGGAAAACCGAUAAUAAGCACCCAACAAUCAACCGACAACGAUGGGUUUGAAUUGGUGAAAAGCGUGGUCAUAGACGCGGACAAUAUGAAAAAUAAUUACAUCAGGCCGAAGAAAAGAGAAUCUCAGACCAUAGAAGGCAGAGUUCGUAUAAACGCAGAUGGAGACAACAAAAACAUUGUUUACAAUGCCGAUGUAAAACCUUCGAAAAGUGGAUUCGAUAGCUACAUGCCUAUGAACGGAAACGAUGUCAACGAGGCGAAAAAGAUCAAUCCUGAAGAGAGAAACAUCACACCCAAUAUCGUCUUGAUUGACUCACAAACUGGAAGUAAAAUCAUGGAAGGAGCCAUAGAAUCCAUCCAGACCAUCGAUGAACACGCUUAUGGACCAAAUAACAUCGAAUCAAAAGAAGAGCCAAAUCUAAGCAUCCCUCUAGAUGGAAAUACUUUAGAAGAUAACGUACCUCCUGAUUCCUCAAUUGAAGAUAAGCUCAAUGGGGAUAUAGGAAAAAUAGAAGUGAUGGCUGAAUCCAACGUGGACGAACUCAUACCAGAAGAAUACAGAGAAACAACAACGGUAUUUUUAAUACCAGCACCCGAUGGAGAACAUAAUGUCCAAAACAUCGAAGAUAUUGGGGUGAAAAACUAUGAAGAAGAACAAAUGAUGCAAGUUGAUCAAUUGGGAGAACAGCAGGAGCCUGAGCAAAUAGAUGAAUCAAGGCUAGACGAUAACGGAAAAGUUGCUGAUGGACCAGUAGAAACAAAUGAAGAAACGGUCGAUGAAUUGAAUGCACAUAAAGAGAACGAAGAUAAUGGCGAAGAGGCAACAGAACUGCCAGAAGAGAAUCACAAAGAAAUGGAAUCAAAUCAAAAUCAUCACGAAAUCCAAAAUGAAGAAGAAGGUUCAGAUGCUAGAGAAACAGAUGAAAAUGUUCAUGAACAUAAUCUGCAUCACAAUAAUCAUGAACAAAAUCCCAAUCACCACCAAAAACAUUCGAAAGAUGAAGGUACAGACAUGGAAGAAAACAGAGGUGAAAACACUCACGAACCUCAAUUACAAAUUGGGAGCAUAAAUACCGGAGAAACGAAAGAAACCUACGAAGAACCAGAAAAGCAUGACAAAGGUAAGCUUCAUCCUCAUCAGAACCAUCUGACAGAUGAAAGCAUAGAUUCUGAUGAAACAAAAGAAAUCGUCGAGGAACCAAAAUGCCAUAACAAUGGUAGGCUUCAUCCUCAUCAGAACCAUCUGACAGACGAAAGCAUAGAUUCUGAUGAAACAAAAGAAAUCGUCGAGGAACCAAAAUGCCAUAACAAUGGUAAGCUUCAUCUCCAUCAAAACCAUCUCGAAGACGAUAGCAUAGAUACUGAAGGAACAAAAGAAAUCGUCGAGGAACCGAAAUCGCAUAACAAUGGUAAGCUUCAUCUCCAUCAAAAUCAAAACCAUCUCACAGACGAUAGCAUAGAUACUGAAGGAACAAAAGAAAUCGUCGAAGAACCAAAAUUGCAUAAAAAUGGUAAGCUUCAUCCCCAUCAGAACCAUCUAACAGACGAAAGCAUAGAUACUGAAGAAACAAAAGAAAUCGUCGAGGAACCAAAAUGCCAUAACAAUGGUAAGCUUCAUCCCCAUCAAAACCAUCUCACAGACGAAAGCAUAGAUACUGAAGAAACAAAAGAAAUCGUCGGACAACCAAAAUUGCAUAACAAUGGUAAGCUUCAUCCCCAUCAAAACCAUCUCACAGACGAAAGCACAGAUACUGAAGAAGCAAAAGAAAUCGUCGAAGAACCAAAAUUGCACAACAAUGGUAAGCUUCAUCCCCAUCAGAACCAUCUCACAGACGAAAGCAUAGAUACUGAAGAAGCAAAAGAAAUCGUCGAAGAACCAAAAUUGCACAACAAUGGUAAGCUUCAUCCCCAUCAGAACCAUCUCACAGACGAAAGCAUAGAUACUGAAGAAACAAAAGAAAUCGUCGUAGAACCAAAAUUGCAUAACAAUGGUAAGCUUCAUCCCCAUCAGAACCAUCUCACAGACGGAAGCAUAGACACUGAAGGAACAAUGGAGAAUAAAAAUGAAUCUAAAGUUAUACAUCUAGAAAACGAAGGCAUAGGUAAUGCAAAAAUUCCCAAACCUCAAGAAGAACAUCAACACAACGAAUGUAUAGGAAUAGAAGAACAUUUGAAUGAACUUGAUCAUCACCAUGGUCAUAAAGAAAAACAAAAUCAACACCCUGCCAACACUUUUCCAUUAACAAGAAUCCACAAAGUAGAUCAACAUAUUCACGAUCACUUGAUGGUCACUAGUAUCGAAACAAUCACAGUAUUGGAUCAGAAUCAAAUAAAUGAAGGAGAGCGCCCAGAAGGAAAAGAACAAGAAAAUGGCGAAGAACCGAAAGUAUUGCCAGAAGCAGAAUCUCAAGAGAAUGUACCUGAAGUGGUACAGAAACCACAUGCAAAAGAUUGCUUCGACAACACGAAUAAACAUCAUAAAACAGUCAAAAUAUUCACUAAGCCGCUAAAUAAACAUCAUAAGAAGGAGAGAGAGAAAUUCUCUCUAAACCGAGCACAACCAGAAACGAAUAAGACCAAUAGAGUCUCGACGAAUGAAUGUGAAGGAGGCAUAUGUGCUGAAGAAGAUGACAACAUGGAACCAGUAGCAGAUCGAAAAAACACGGACACCACGAAAAGGAAGAAGAAAAAACGUAAACACAAAAGCUACAGAGACAAAAUUCGAUACAAUGUAGGAAGAGAUGAAAACGACGAGUUCCUACCAAACGAUUACGAAGGCAUUCCCGCUUUCGGAAGACACUUGCAAGGAGUAGAGUAUGUGUAUGACGUGGAUAUAGGCCCUAGGGAAAUAGUACCCACAGAUGUCAAAGAAAUUGUUUCCACUGACAGGAACAGAAGAGUUGGCAUGGUUCACAAAAAUUCCGUGGAAGGUGAUUACGGCGACGAAGAAGAUUCUAUGAUAAAAGAGAAAAAAGAAAAUAAUAAACUGGUGAAGAAGACUGACAACGAGUUUGCUGAUCCGGUAGCUACUACUACGGAAGAAGAUGAUGAUGAUGAGGAAUACUACGAGGAGGCAGCCGAGAAUAAAAAAAGCGAUAAAGGGGAAGAUGAUACAGACGAAGAGCUGGCGAGUUUCGGGAGAAGACUCCACAAACAAAAUAAGACUCCGAACAAGGAGAACGAAGAUAAAAAAGUUGUCAAACCGAAAGCGAAGAAGGUUAGAGAAGCUCCUAGCCAACGGUUUUUGGAAAAGUCUGAGUUCCAACGUUGGCCUCAGUUCGUCAUCAGCGACAAAGUCAACGAAGAGAAUCUGAGAAAACGAUCUUUGGCAGUGAAGAAAACGGAGCCGAAAAGAAACAUAUUCCCCCUAUCUUCCAAAGAUUAUUUCACAAAAUCAAAGUCGAAGAGACGUGACAACCCACCACUAGACAACGUGUUCGAUAAAAUCAUGCAUGCGAAUAAAUCAAGUACAGAGAAAAUGUUGUUUGACUUCGAUAAACCCAUCAAGGACAACGAUAUGGAAGUGAAAUUGAACCUCAAUUUGAACAUGGACGAUAAAAACCCGAAAAGUGGCGGAUUGAAUGACGACAUUACGUUCUUUGCGGUGUCUACGGCAGUAACCACAGGCAAUCAAACUGUUUCCGUCACUACUGAGGAUGAGGAGGAGUGUGAUUCCGAAACGCCUAAAGUUAGCGUCGGGAAUGUGUGUGAGGAGAACGAGAACUUCAACAAGACCAAAGUGGCUCUAACAACUGUGCUAUCUAUCAUCCCAGAUACACAAGGAGAGAUUUCCAAUGAAACCUACACAUCAGAUGAUUUCGUCAAAUUGGAUGACAUCCUCACAGGGCGUCUACCAUUCAAAAUUCUGGAGUACAUUCGAGGUCAUAUAAAGAAAGACAAAAGCUUGAGAGACAGGUUUCUGAAGGGCAUGAAAAAAGGUCAUGGUGAGGAAGCCUUCCAAAACCUACCGGACGUCACCAACGUCGAGAGCAAAAAGCUGAUAAACGCCAUGGCCAAUCUGAUGAACCGUCUCCAGAUAACGAGCACCUGUCAAACACUGCCCGGCAAACUGUUGCGCUACUUGAAAUCGGCCACCAGGGUGCGUCUGGAAGAUGCCCUGGCGCGAGCCAAAGAAAUGGAAGAAGUGGAAUUCGACGACAUCCAGAACCAGGACACCUUCAUCUUCCAGUCCAAUUCGAGAGCAGACAAUCUGGAAGAGAAGGUUCGAGUUCUCAAAGAUUUGUUGGCCAAGUACAACCAUUUGCCGGACAGGUGUAAGCCCAGAGCGGAGCCCGUGAGAGAAUACGUGCUGAACCACCUGAAGUUGCUGACCAAUAUGCUGUCUGUCGCCCAGCUGUCACCGCCUAGACCGAAGAAAACGGUUCAAGGUCCAACCGAGGAAGAUCGUACAGAAGCUCCCAUCAGCGAACCUCUCGAGAAAAAGUCCACCGAAAGAGACCUGGUGGAGCAACAACUGGAAAGCCUCGGCUUGGGCAAACGGCACAACUUCAGGCCGAAGUUCAGCCUCGACGAUCUCAUAGAGCACAACAGAAACGCCAAAGAAAUUUCCGUGGACCAGGUCAGGUUGCGCCCGGGCGGCAACAAGAAAAACAAGAGAGAGUUGGAUACACGGGAGCAGAUUUCGGAAAAGUACGAGAAACUCAGGCAGGCCGUGAAAAGGGAGAGGACCAAAAGGGACAGCGAGAGGAGGGUGGCGGAGAAUUUCGGGAGGUUGAGCGUGGAGGAUUACAACGGGGAGGGCAUGGAGAGAGACGGGACGGGUAGUUUUGAGUCGCCUUUAGUUUUUAGUUUCUAAUCCUGUAUACCUAUUGUGUGAGUAUCAUUAUUGUAUAGUUAUAUGUUAUACUUCAAAUGAAUAAAAGACCGUAUAUAUUAU